AUGGAGAUCGUUGCUAAAAGUUUGCAUGACUUCUCGAAUGGAAAAGUUAACAAAAUUGAAUAUGAAUGUCGACAACGAUAUUUCACAGUUAAAAAUGAGAUUAUUCGAAAGUCAUUUGAAACUGUGAAAUUUGUUCGAGUUAAAAAAGACUUUGGAACAAAUCCUUCGUUGCGACUGGAUAAGUUUGAAUCUCCAUAUUAUCCAUCUGCAGAAAUUAUCAGUAUUUUAUCAAACAAUCGCGUUGAGAAACCUUCCGAAUAUCGAUUAUAUCGACAAUCAAGAAGAACCAUACAAGCCCAGUCAGAACAAGAAAUAAUUAUAAGGCAAAAAACCUAUUUUGACUACCAAGUGGAGGAAAUUGGGACUAAAAUUAAGAAUUUCCGGACAGUGUACACCGCGCGGAAAAAGUUUGUCAUUGAACAAUCGGAUGUUAUCAUUGAAGUUAUCGACGCACGUGACCCAAUUGGUUCGAGAUCCCGAGAAAUAGAAGCCAAAGUAUUGGCUAAUGGUAGUUCAAAACGCCUUGGACGGUUUGAUGACUUUUUUACUCUUGGCGAUCGAGAAUUAAAACAAUCUCAAUGUAGUGGUGCUGACCUUCUUUUACGGCUACUUGGAAAUUACUGUCGUUGUCAAGAUAUACGGACAAAAAUAACUGUUGGAGUUGUUUACUUUCUUUGGCUUUUUUAUAUUUGAGGAUAUCCAAAUACAGGCAAGAGUUCGGUAAUUAAUAGUCUGAAACGGAAACGAGUUUGUAACAUUGGUCCUUUAGCAGGGGUUACCAGGUGUUUAUUGUACAGUGAUUUAUCAGAUCUCUCCAAACAGUGCAACUGA